AUGUUGCGAGUGACUGAGCCACGAAUUAUUAAAAAGUACCCGAACCGCCGUCUAUACGAUACCGCUAUCAGUAGCUAUAUCACGCUUGAAGAUGUCAAACAAUUGGUGUUGGAUUAUGAAAAAUUCCGUGUCAUCGACGCCAAAAGCAAAGACGACAUCACCCGUGGCAUUUUGCUGCAAAUUAUCAGCGAAGAAGAAGAACAAGGCAGCCCGAUUUUCACCACCGAGGUCCUCGCUCAUAUCAUCCGGUUCUACGGCGACACCUUGCAGGGCAUGAUGGGAACGUAUUUGGAAAAGAGUCUGCAAUCGUUUGUCGAUCAGCAGCAUGUGGUACGCGAGCAGAUGUCUGAUUUUAUGGGUAAGAAUCCCUUAACGAUGAUCUCUGAACUAGCUGAGCAGAAUCUUUCCAUGUGGCAGACUAUGACGGAGCAGUUUUACCAGCAGGUUCAGGAAACGGGGGAUAGCAAGGAAGAUAACGAGCCGCCUGAAAAACAAGACAAAUAG